CGGUGCCUUGUGAAUCUCGCCUGGCUGCACGCGCAGGGGAGUGGGGGCGUGGCAUUUUUUUGAGGAAAAAAAGCUAAACAAUCUUUAAUCUUUCAAAUUGACUGUGUCGGCUUUUUAACUUGUCUCGGCUGGUGGAGAAGUCCAUACCUUAGAAUAGUGGUAACACACGGGGAUCCACUCAAGACAGGCCUGAAUGUAUUUUCUUCCAAAUUUCUGCACGAAAAGGUAUAGAAAGCGGGUAAUCUUUCUUUAGUCACCACUUCGGUCCCACGAUGAAUUCUAAACGUUUGCUUGACAUGUCUCCGGCUGAAAUACUGGUCGGGGGCGCUUCGAAACAAGCCGGUAUUGACCAGCAUGCAGAGGGUUCCAAGGGAAGCGAAAUGAGUGUCACCACUACUGACAGCGGUGUCAUUCUGGCGUGCGGGAGCGGGCCCGCAUCAGGAGCAGUUUUCUGCACAAUCGUGCUAGACGAUGGCUCUUUGAGAGAAUGUACAAACCAGGACAUCAUCCUCAAUGGGAAUGACCUGUCGUCAGGGAGAGAAAAAUAUGCGCACCGGAAAAUAAUGGGUUGUGGUGACGAGGCAGAGAGGAACAGUGGUCUGACUGGGGUCCUUACUAACGGCAGUCCCACUCACUGCCUGAUCCUGAACGGGCAGAAGCCGGACAGACACAUGCACUCGAAAGCGAGGAAUCCGCUGGUGCCCGAUGGUUUCCAGGAAACCGGACAUCAAGUGCCACCUGGGGAGAGAAAUCCCCACCCCUCCUCCCACAUACCUGUCCCCCGACGCAGGAAAUCCUCGGGUCGUGCCGAUAAGGAGGUAAUGGCUGCCACCGUCCUGACAUCGCUAUCCACUUCCCCACUGGUCCUCACCCAGACAUCCUCAGCUGCAGUUCCGGAGUCGGCUAGCAGGGGGUGGAAGGAGGCGCUGUCGACCAGCUACAGCAGCUCCACCAGUGGCAACUGGAGCUGGGACACCAGCGACCAAUCAGUGCCCUCCACACCAUCCCCACCCCUCUCCAACGAUGCCAGCAAGAGCUUCCUGCUCCCCUCCCAGGGUGAUGACGUCAUCGAGGACGUCACAGAGAGCACUCACUUUCCGUUUGUGGACCCCAUACCCCGGAAGCGAAAGAACUCCAUGAAGGUGAUGUUCAAGUGCUUGUGGAAGAACUGUGAAAAGGUCCUCAGCACCUCUUCAGGGAUCCAGCGACACAUCCGAACCGUCCACCUGGGGCGGAACUGCGACUCGGACUACAGCGACGGGGAGGAGGACUUCUACUACUCGGAGAUCGAGGUCAACAUGGACAGCCUAUCAGAGGGCUUAUCCAGCCUCACGCCCACCUCCCCCACCACCUCCGGCCCUCCCCCCGUUUUCCCACCUGUCUCCCUCACCACCUGUCUCCCUCGUUCUGAGCCCUCCCACAUCGCCAUGAGGGGGACACAUGGUCACGCCCCCACCCUGCUCAGCCAAUCAGCUCCCUCCACGCUCUGCCAUAUUCGCACUGACCACGCAUACCAGGCCACUGCUCCUGUGAGUAUUCCUGUGUGUUCGGAGCAGGUUGGUGGGAAUGAUGGGAUUGGGAAUGGGGAUGGGAUCAGUGUGUCCUGGCAGUCGUCUCCUGUCAUUUUUAAAGGCUUACCGGGCCCUUUGACUCACACCCGCACGGUGAGCUUCGGGGAGAAGAGACAGCCUGCCCUUCACACACACACUACCAUCAGCAAGACAGCCCCCUCUACAGCCCCCCUGCCCAAACCAGCACCAGGAACCAGGAAACCCCGCGGAGAGGCUAAAAAGUGCCGGAAGGUAUACGGCAUGGAGAAGAGGGACAUGUGGUGCACAGCCUGCCGUUGGAAAAAAGCCUGUCAGCGAUUCAAUGAUUGAACCCCACUACAUCACUGGGAUGGACUCUUCCUCUGCCAGAGCUUCACUGAGGUGGAGUCUUCCACUGGGGAGACGUGGGUGUUCUCCCUGAUGAAGCUGCUUAGAGCACGCACUGCUUCCUCCUGACCAGCAGGGGUCUCUCUGCUUGCUUCUCUUAAUCCUCAGACAGCUAAACACACGAAACACAAAAACACAUGGAUGAAAAAGGAAAAAAAUAUAUAAUAAUUGUGAAAAAAGUAUAUGGCUUUGGAAGCAUAGGUAAUCCAAAAAAUGAUUAUUCAAAACGUGAUUCAGAAUGAAAGUUUGGUUUUGUACUUUCUAAUUUUUCAUGCCUUCACUGUAGGGCAGUGGUUGAAGAUUUCAGAUAAGCUUUUUGGUAUUGUGUACUUUCAACAUGUUCUUUGCUGGUCCGAGUAUCAUGGAAGCUACUGUGUUUGAGUCUAUACGAUCCUUAAACCACUCUCUUGUCAGCAUCUUUCAAUGCACCUCCGUUGACAUUUUGGAACUAAAACCAGAUUCACUUUGUGGUGUAUCUUUGAAUGGAUCAUUUCAACGGAGGUGCAUUGAAAGAUGCUGACAAGAGAUUUCAACGGCCACGUUUCAAAUUUCAGCGGUCACUCUUUUGAAACGGGAAGUAUGUCUACCAAAGGAAAACAGACACAGAAUCUCUCUAAAUUCACUCAGAAUUGAGAUGUCGCUUUUAUUAAGAUGCAAGUUUGUUAUUCAUAUAACACAUCACAUGCUCUUAUGGGAAUUCAACUCAACAAUUCCAAUCUCUUUGUUUGGGAAGUAAAUAUGCAUAGCUACACACCAUAAGCUCCCUGCAUCUGUUGCUUAUUCCAUCUGCUGGCACCAAAUGUCACACUUUGAACCUUCAGAGUGUUCAAUGUACCGUUUCUAGUUUCUCUUCCUAGACCUCUACACAGAUAUGCAGCUUUCAGAAACAACACAUCCUUCAACAGACCACAUGUAAACUUUGUAACCACACUGUUCACUCUCAUUUCUCACAUCUAACAGUUUAUUUCCAGCGAUUAGUUCCCAAGGCAACUACUGUAGUAGUUGCAAAGUGCCAUCACCAGGGUUUGGACAGUCUGGUCUUGCUUUGAUUAAUCAGCUCUAUUGUUGAUUACAGUUAUCAAUAACAACAUCAAACCCUCCUGUAGCAUUAUUUGCUACUCAGUGUUCUAAAAUCCAUUUCCUGUGUACGUUCAUAGAAAUAUAAUGUCAUUGUAGUUCUCUGUGGGUACUAUACCUAGUCCUGCCCAACCCUGACACCCAGUUACUGCUCGUAACUGGUAUCUAAGGGUGAUGAAAUAUAAUGUCAUUGUAGUUCUCUGUGGGUACUAUACCUAGUCCUGCCCAACCCUGACACCCAGUUACUGCUCUUAACUGGUAUCUAAGGGUGUUGAAAUAUAAUGUCAUUGUAGUUCUCUGUGGGUACUAUACCUAGUCCUGCCCAACCCUGACUCCCAGUUACUGCUCUUAACUGGUAUCUAAGGGUGUUGAAAUAUAAUGUCAUUGUAGUUCUCUGUGGGUACUAUACCUAGUCCUGCCCAACCCUGACACCCAGUUACUGCUCUUAACUGGUAUCUAAGGGUGAUGAAAUAUAAUGUCAUUGUAGUUCUCUGUGGGUACUAUACCUAGUCCUGCCCAACCCUGACUCCCAGUUACUGCUCUUAACUGGUAUCUAAGGGUGUUGAAAUAUAAUGUCAUUGUAGUUCUCUGUGGGUACUAUACCUAGUCCUGCCCAACCCUGACACCCAGUUACUGCUCUUAACUGGUAUCUAAGGGUGAUGAAAUAUAAUGUCAUUGUAGUUCUCUGUGGGUACUAUACCUAGUCCUGCCCAACCCUGACUCCCAGUUACUGCUCUUAACUGGUAUCUAAGGGUGUUGAAAUAUAAUGUCAUUGUAGUUCUCUGUGGGUACUAUACCUAGUCCUGCCCAACCCUGACACCCAGUUACUGCUCUUAACUGGUAUCUAAGGGUGAUGAAAUAUAAUGUCAUUGUAGUUCUCUGUGGGUACUAUACCUAGUCCUGCCCAACCCUGACACCCAGUUACUGCUCUUAACUGGUAUCUAAGGGUGUUGAAAUAUAAUGUCAUUGUAGUUCUCUGUGGGUACUAUACCUAGUCCUGCCCAACCCUGACACCCAGUUACUGCUCUUAACUGGUAUCUAAGGGUGAUGAAAUAUAAUGUCAUUGUAGUUCUCUGUGGGUACUAUACCUAGUCCUGCCCAACCCUGACACCCAGUUACUGCUCUUAACUGGUAUCUAAGGGUGUUGAAAUAUAAUGUCAUUGUAGUUCUCUGUGGGUACUAUACCUAGUCCUGCCCAACCCUGACUCCCAGUUACUGCUCUUAACUGGUAUCUAAGGGUGAUGAAAUAUAAUGUUAUUGUAGUUCUCUGUGGGUACUAUACCUAGUCCUGCCCAACCCUGACACCCAGUUACUGCUCUUAACUGGUAUCUAAGGGUGUUGAAAUAUAAUGUCAUUGUAGUUGUCUGUGGGUACUAUACCUAGUCCUGCCCAACCCUGACUCCCAGUUACUGCUCUUAACUGGUAUCUAAGGGUGAUGAAAUAUAAUGUCAUUGUAGUUCUCUGUGGGUACUAUACCUAGUCCUGCCCAACCCUGACACCCAGUUACUGCUCUUAACUGGUAUCUAAGGGUGUUGAAAUAUAAUGUCAUUGUAGUUGUCUGUGGGUACUAUACCUAGUCCUGCCCAACCCUGACUCCCAGUUACUGCUCUUAACUGGUAUCUAAGGGUGAUGAAAUAUAAUGUCAUUGUAGUUCUCUGUGGGUACUAUACCUAGUCCUGCCCAACCCUGACUCCCAGUUACUGCUCUUAACUGGUAUCUAAGGGUGUUGAAGAGGGAUUAUUUGCGCACCAUGAAUUGUACCUGGAUUCCUGAUCAGACAAUUAUAUGGAUGUAUAUUUUUACACAGAUACAUUUUUUUACUUUAGCUACUUUAUUUUAUUUUAUUGUUGCCAGCUCUUUGAAUGUAGUUUCUGCUGCCUCUCUCUCUCUCUCUCUCUCUCUCUCUCUCUCUCUCUCUCUCUCUCUCUCUCUCUCUCUCUCUCUCUCUCUCUCUCUCUCUCUCUCUCUCUCUCUUCUCUCUCUUCUCUCUCUUCUCUCUCUCUCCUCUCUCUGUCUCUCUCCCUCCCUCUCUCUCUCUCUCUCUCUCUCUCUCUCUCUCUCUCUCUCUCUCUCUCUCUCUCUCUCUCUCUCUCUCUCUCUCUCUCUCUCUCUCUCUCUCUCUCUCUCUCUCUCUGUCUCUCUCUCUCUCUCUCUCUCUCUCUCUCUGUCUCUCUCUCUUCUCUCUUCUCUCUCUCUCUCUCUCUCUUCUCUCUCUCUCCUCUCUCUAACUCUCUCUCUCCCAAUACGGACUACUAGCCAUGCCACUAGUUACAACAGCAGGACACACACAUGCAUGGUGCUACUUGUCCUCUUUCCCUAGGUUCCCUUCAACCUAUUCUAUGACAAUGGCCACAAUCUAUGACUUUCCGUUCUUUGGUCAUGUGACAAAUCUGUUGUCAUAGUGACAUCUGCAUUCUCGGCUGAUGGCAGUCACAUAUUCUAAUUGAUGUGACAUUAGUAGAAGGCCAUUCUAAGACAUUUACAUUACAUUUAAGUAAGACAGCUGGGGAUGACUGUCAUUUGUUGUUAUUUGGGGAUAGCAAACAAUCAAACCCCCUGGAUUAAUUUCAGCAUGCCCUGUCAGUCUUUUCCUUGGUAACCAUUACCAACAGAUACGGUCCUGCUCAUUGGCUGGUAACUCUGUCCGUCAAACAUUAUGUCCAGUAGUGUUUGAGAGAAGCUGGUUCUUACAGUAAGUAGCUCACUGGUCAGACUGGAGAGUAGCCCGGUAUUUAAUGGUCAGAAACUUCACUAAGUGCCAUUGAAAAGAACAUUAUGAGGAAAAAGGAUUUACCUAAAUAAAUUGCACUAACUUGCACUGCACAAAGACUUGCUUUUAUACAUGGAUUUUAUACACACAGAUUUUGAAGUGAAAUUACAUUUGAGGUUGUUUUAUUUUGGAUUGUCACUGCCUUGGUGUCAACAUGGGGUUUCAGGGAUGGGGCUUCUACACCUCUUGGGUCCCCCCAUAAGAACCUUUUGAACUGGUAUGUUUAGCUCUCUGUGUGUGUGUGGUGUACUCAGCCCAAUGGUGCCAACAAUAUUGCCUGGAAUCGUGUGGUACUGCAUAGUACAGCGGUACUUUGUGUGUCAGGGUUUCCCCAAUACUUUUCUAUUGUGGUGGUGCACCAAGAAGACCCCUGAAGUCACAUCUCAGAUGGUCUGCCCUAACUUGGUAAUAUAUGGGGAAACACUGGUCCAGAGGUAGCCCUCAGUCAAUGGUUGCUUGUUGUCUUCUUAAGAACAGAUAAAUCAUGGUGUUUCAACACUAUGGGCUUUCCUUACGUAGCAUACUCAUACACUGCUUUCACAAGAAUUUAGUUUAGUCUUCCUUCCUUAUGUAGCAUACUCAUACACUGCUUUCACAAAAUUUUAGUUUAGUCUUCCUUCCUUACGUAGCAUACUCAUACACUGCUUUCACAAGAAUUUAGUUUAGUCUUCCUUCCUUAUGUAGCAUACUCAUACACUGCUUUCACAAGAAUUUAGUUUAGUCUUCCUUCCUUAUGUAGCAUACUCAUACACUGCUUUCACAAAAUUUUAGUUUAGUCUUCCUUCCUUACGUAGCAUACUCAUACACUGCUUUCACAAUAAUUUAGUUUAGUCUUCCUUCCUUACGUAGCAUACUCAUACACUGCUUUCACAAGAAUUUAGUUUAGUCUUACUUCCUUACGUAGCAUACUCAUACACUGCUUUCACAAGAAUUUAGUUUAGUCUUCCUUCCUUACGUAGCAUACUCAUACACCGCUUUCACAAGAAUUUAGUUUAGUCUUCCUUCCUUACGUAGCAUACUCAUACACUGCUUUCACAAGAAUUUAGUUUAGUCUUCCUUCCUUACGUAGCAUACUCAUACACUGCUUUCACAAGAAUUUAGUUUAGUAUUCCUUUGCCUAAAAGGCGCUUGCCUCUUUCACACUUUAUUGAGAUGAGGUAGUGUACAGAGAAUAAGUUUUCUUUCCGGACUUGACUCUUCUCCACCAAUCGAAACAUCAAUCUUGUGUUUGGUCCUAUUGGCAGCAGAUUGGCCAUUCAUACGUUUGAGUACUUUUCAGACCAAUCUAGUCUGUUGUUCUCAAUCUCAUUCACACCCCUAUGUCUGCCACAAAACCCACCUCUGGUAUUUAAUUGCACUAAAGUGGUUUUAUGGGUCAUUGGCCAGGGCUAAUGAAGGGGAACACUCUUUAUCCACUUGCUACUACCUAUAUUUACAAACUGGAUGAAUCUAAGGAAGGUAACUGCCAUCCCUACGACUGUUUUUAGGAGACCUGAGGUUUUGGAUGGUAGAGAGAGGGCUGAUUGGGUGUGUUUGGGGAACUGGGACUUUGUGAUAGGUGGAGAAAGGGUGGGACAAGCAGUGACGAUUAUUCGAGAUGGAUUUGUAGUUUCAGGCCUUUCCUGUACAUAUGCAACGUAAAGACAACCCUGAAACUUUUUUCAUAUAUUGUUGUGUGUCUGUUAAACAAAAAUUAAACUUUGUAAGGUAGAAUUGCUCAGAUUGUUGGUGUGCGUGUUUGAGAAGCUGUAGUUAAUAUAACAUACACAUAUAUUGCAGUUCAGGGGAAAAGUGGCGAAAUAACGUAGAUGAAUGUAAAACCUACAAAAAGAAAAGCUUGUUUCUUGUUGUAACGCUGGCUAGUUUCUACUGCCGGUAGAAAACUGUUAGUGCACUCUGACAGAAUGAUGGCACAAACAGCACAAACUGUCAUUCUGGUGCCAAAUUUUGCAUCUGCACUGUUCUUCAAGUAAAUGUGUUUUUGUAAAAUAUUCAGUGGAAAUUGUUCAAAGUAGUCCUUGUGCAUAGAGUUGUAUGGUUUGUUUAACUUUGCAAUCAUUGGUUUUGUUUGACAUACAUUUUAAAGUGAAAAAUCUUAGUCUCAGCAUAAUUCUGUUUCCGUGGAAUUGCCCAUUAACCCUUCUUACAUUGUGCAAUGAGACGCUUUAAUUCUAACACGAACUAACUUGACCUUUUGGUGACCUUUCUGUGAGCCACCUGGUGUGAUCUAUUAUGAAUGCAUUUAUUGGUAUGUAGGCCUUUAUUUAGGCUGUUAUAAGGAGUCAUGAACUGUUAUGAAUGCUUAUAGCAGGCCAUAUACUGCACUACUUUAAUGCACAUAUUGAAUGUGUUUAUAAAGGUGUUAUGUAAGUGGUCAGAACCCACUGGACAAAAACUGGUUGAAUCAACGUUGUUUCCACGUCAUUUCAACAAAAACAUGAAAUGUGAUGAAAUGUGAUGAAUCAACGUGGAAAAUUGAUUGGGUUUGUAAAAUGUAAAAGGGAAUUUCGUCAUCUUUUCACCCGACUUUUAAACUAGAUCCAAUAACAUGGUGAAAUGUUUUGUUGAUUUCAUGUUGAAUUCACGUUAGUUGACAACUCAACCAAAUGUAAAUCAAAACUAGAUGAUGAAAUGACAUCUGUACCCAGUGUAUAGGAACCGUGAGCUGUUGUGAAUGCUUAUGGCAAGUCUUAUAAUACACUAUGGAGUGAUCGACUGUGCUAUGAAUGCAGUCAUAAUGUAUUGUACACAGGCGUUUCAGAAAAUGUGCUUCCGACCUUUUCUGUCUCCCUGCCAAAUAAGUAUUUAUUAGAAUACAUGUUGUCAUUGUCUUUUGUGGGAGACAAAUCACCUAGGCGGCUCGGGGAUUCAAACUCUCAACCUUUCGGUUAUUAACCCAACACUCUUAACCGCUAAGCUACAUGCCACCAAAUUGUACCUGUACCUUUCCCUCUGGCUCGCUUCCUCUAUAUCUCCCAAUCUAUUUUUCUCAACUUUUUUCCCCCGUCUCUCUUUUAAACUAUCAGCAUUGACUGUAGCCCCCCCCAAAGUCAGUACCCAGUAUAUUAAGCUAACCGAGCCCUUGAAAUGUGCAGAAAGAAAGCAUUUAUUUCCUAAUGUUACAUCAUUCUAUCCUUUGUUUGCUCGUUGAAUGUCCAUGUUGAUGAGUCCAGCCCAGCAGCUCAGCAGCAGCAAAGCCAAAUCAAAUGUAACACAUCGUCAUCACUAUGGAGGCUCCACUCAACUCUGUGCUGUUUCUUCUAUCAUGCUCUUAAACAACACACCAAUCUUUUCUGUUUGUCUUUCUCUUUUAUUCUUGUUGUAACUGUCUGACUGUUGUUCUCUUGCUGUGCUGUGUCAGAGCAAUGUGGUUGGUGGGAGGGAAACAUACUUUCUUUUGGUUGCUUUAUUAUCUUGUUCAUAUUGAUUGAUUGAUUGAUUGAUGUGCUCUCAUUAUGUCUGGUGUGUUUUAUUGCUCAUGUCUGUCUGACAUGUGCUCGAGUGGAUGGGUGACUUGAUGUCAUGAUGAUGAUGUGAUGUAAAUGUGAUAGAGAGAAAAUAAAUGCAAAUGGAUUGGAA